CGUCACAACAGCUCUUUCUCUCUUACAACCUAGUAUACAUAGGUACUUUCCUCAUCACAGUACAUAGUCACCUACUGCAACACUCAGUAUUAGGGUUUCCGGAGUAGGGCAGGCAUUUGGAGAAAAGGGGGCCUCGGAAGCGACCAACGACUACUCCUACACCAUGACGAGAUAGCCUUUCCACAUUGCACCUUGCAUCGCGUCCAGCUUGAAGCUCAAGUUGCAAUCCUGAUAUUUGGUCCCGCCGAAAAUGAUACCAACCCACCAUCGCCAUCAUGAUGGAAGAGUCGCGCAAAGGAAAGACCAUCAGGUCGGGCUUUGAAAGCAGUACCUUUGAAGCAGAUGUCUCCAUUCAUGUCGAUCGCAAGGUUGGGUCGGCGACCAUCUCUCCAUCAGGGAGGGACAUUGCUCUGGCUUCGUUCGUUUUCCUUUUCUAUACCAUGCCAAUGCCAGAGCCACGUCUAAUAUUUGCUGCAGCACCGAAGGGCUCGACAUCAUCGAUCUCGACUCUCCUCUGAAUCCUCCCCGCCAUCUUCGUCAUGGCCUCCCUUGGCUCGUGGCCGAUGUGCAAUGGUCCCCAUUCGCUGCGCGCGACUACUGGGUGGUAAGUACCGCCAACCAGAAGGCAUUGGUCUGGAAUUUGAAUAUGCAGGAGGACACAUCGCAUGGCGCAAUUGAGCAUACCCUCCACGGACACACGAGAGCCAUUACAGAUAUCAAUUUCUCCGCUCAUCACCCAGACAUCUUAGCCACAUGUGCGGUAGAUGGAUACGUGCAUUGUUGGGAUCUUCGUCGACCAAGACAACCCGUUCUCACCUUCUGUGAUUGGUUUGCCGGGGCGACUCAAGUCAAAUGGAAUAGACAGGAAUCGCAUGUCCUGGCCUCUUCUCAUGAUCGUUGGUUGAGGAUCUGGGAUGAGCGAAAGGGUUCUGUACAUAUGAGAUCUAUCAAUGCACACGAAUCCAAGAUUUACGGCUUGGAUUGGAACCGCACUAGGUCUGAUGGCAUCGUGACCUGCUCUUUAGAUAAAAGCAUUAAACUAUGGGACUACACCAACGAACUGGAUGAACCUGAACGCAUCAUUAGAACCGACUUUCCCGUUUGGAGAGCUCGAUAUACGCCAUUUGGCUGGGGAUUAUUGGCCAUGCCCCAAGACGCGCCAGGAGAACUGCAUUUAUAUGAUCGUCGUAAACACGAAGAGACCACUGCUGAAUUGACCGCACCGACAGUUGCUACCUUUCCUGGUCACGGGAAUCAUAAAGUUAAGGAAUUUCUUUGGAGAUAUCGAGGUGGCAUUACUGAUGAGGGGCUCGACAAUCGGGACUUCCAGUUGGUUUCGUGGGGUCAAGAUAACCAGCUCCGUUUACAGCAUAUGGACCCCGAAAUACUUGAGGAAGUUGGCUUCGUCAAAGGGUCUCACGUCCAGAAAAACCUCAACCUUACACGGAGAGGUGCUGUAUACAAAACAUUCCGUGCUAUUGAGAACGCUGCACCCGAAAAGAAAAGUUUGACAAUGACUGGUCAGAGACCUGGCAGCUCUGGCGUCAAAGUCACUGCAAUGUCCAACACAGGAAUCAAAAAGACGGCUCUAACGCGCGGCACAAAAACCCACAUGCUGGUUCGAAAUUCAGGACCCAGUGGAAAAGAACGAGGAAAUAAGUUAGAAGACCAAAAGCAAAAUCAGAUAGAGUGGAUGAGCGGCAUAAAAUUUACCAAGCAGCUAAAAGUAAGUGCUCAGCAUAGGAAACCGUCUCCUAGGAAACUUUCUUUACUUAGCCCAGAGCUGAGUCCCGACUUUGAAGAUGAUGGCGACUGGGAUUCGCCCGAAGCUUUGCAAGAUGAAAUUGUGCGCCUCGGCAAGCAACUUCCCAAAAUUACCUUUGAUGAUGUGAACAUGGACAAACGAGUGAUCGAGGUUUCUAUGAAUGGCCCAUGGGGCGAAGAAGGGGCGGCGAUAUUUAUCAAAUGCACCAUAACAUUUCCAGAUCACUAUCCAGAAAGCAAGGCCCCCACUUUCGUCCUCGGAAAAACAUCACUCAUGUCGAAUGAUGUUCAUUGCAGAUUAAGGCGAGAAGUGCACCAAAUUGCCUCGGGAUUUGUAGCGCGUCGGCAAGGUUGUCUCGAGGCGACACUCUGUUAUUUAUUGGGCGAGGUGGACCUCGAAGCAAGCACAACUUUCUUUAACGACGGCGGUGAAUCUGAUGACGAUCUUGGUGCUCUCGCAGACGAAAGCUCUAGUGACGACGAGGAUGCUGAAAUACCUGCUGGAGCUUCAGCGAUGAUGUCUCAAGAACUUGACUCGAGUGCAACUGGCGAUAUGCUUGCUCCUAUUAACAGAAAUCUCAAUGUCCCAUUGCCGAGAUUGUGUGGUGCUCGAUUCUGUGCUAAUGGGACGCUUGCAUGUUUCUUCCCUCCUAAGCAAGAUAUGGUCAAGUCCCUGCUCGAGACGAUUGAAGCGAGCAAGGCUCGUUCAAGAGGAGAGCCAAGUUUUGAGACCUUCGGUCGCCUUCACAAUAAUACGUCUCCUAUUCCCAGAAUCAACGCCAUGUCACUUGCCUCUGAGAGCAAAACGGAUUCGGAGAUGUCUGAUGAUUCGGAUAUUUCGUCAUCAAGCGAUUCAGAUUCCUCACACUAUCGAGUUGGACCCAGGAGAUUUCCUCUGGAUUACCUCAGAAGUGCAUCAGGACGUGGCAGACAUUGGAAGGCAGGCUCCCCUACUAUUAUGUCUCAAAGGUCUAGCGCAGCGGGAACAGGAACUGGUACAGGUACAGGCACUGGUAUCGGUAUCGGUAGCAAGAACCGUUCGUUGAAGCCCAAGAAUAUUCUAGUUAUCCAUCAGAUUUCCGACCUCCUUCCGGCCAAAUUGGUUCUUGCCGAGCACUAUGCCAUAUAUGGGGACGGACCAGAUGUUUGUGAGCACAACGCAAAUGUUGCAGCAAAAUAUGGGUUUCCAGAGGUUGCCGAUGUAUGGAGGUAUGCUGCAAUGCUUUUGCAUAAUGAGGUUCCCCUGAAACAGCUAGAGCAGUUCCAUCGUGGUGAGCCAAUACUGGUUAUUGCUAGAGAUGCAAUGAAACGAAAUCGAAGCGACAGCGGCUCUGAUAGUGGUGUUGACCUAUCCUAUGAUGCUCAAGGUCGGCCAAGUAGUCUAUCUGGUCGCGUGAAAUGGGGCCACAGUCCACUUGCAAAGCCUCUGAUCAGUGAUCUGAUUGCUCAUUACGAAAAGACUGGGGAUGUCCAAAUGCUGGCCAUGCUAUCAUGCGUAUUCAAUGAACCUAUCACAACGGAAGGAGUCACUCAUUCGGAUACAAACAUGACACAGCCUCAAACGCCGCUUUCCAUGAAGACUCCGGCAUUCUCUCUGGAUUACUUCCCCAGUGACGCUGCUGCUUGGAGUAAAUAUCUGAGGACUCCAGUACACUCAGUCAUCUCGACGCCAAAGAUCUCCCAGACACCUACAGGUGUAUAUGGAUCUGUGGGAUCUUCAAAUGGAGCUUGGGGUAGUGAUCCUGCUUCAGCUUCAUUCUCGUGUGGUGAAACACCACCAUUACGGUCCAAUCGUGCCAGCCUGGAGCAGCUCAACUACACUCAAAGCUUAUCGACAUCCCCAGAUAACCCAAGGAGUUUUCGACGUGUCAAUUCUGGGCUUGCGUCAAGUUUUGCAGCCAGUAUUUCCCGGCCGUUCUCAAUAGCAGUAUCUUCAUCACCACCGAAUCCCCCACCGAGCCGUAAACGCCCAAGUCCAGUUGAAAGCAUGCUUUCCCUCGCACCAAGUGCUAUAACAUGGGGAAGUACAACUGUUCUUGGAAGUGUCAGAGAACAACCUGUUCCGGAAAUCAUAUCAUACUGUGAUGAGGAAGACGAUGAUGACGAUUGGAAACCUACUAUAUGCACUGGAAUUAGUCUUACGAUGGAAAACCAAAACGCAUUCGAUGACGAAGGCUGCAUAAGUUCAGGUCUACUGGAGACUGAUCACUCGUCCUAUUAUGCCAACUAUAGAAUGGCGUACGCCGAACUCCUUUUCAUUUGGGGUCAUCCACUCGCACGUCUGGAGAUUCUGAAAUUCAAUGGACUCAAAGAGGCACACGCCCCCGAAAAUGAAAUCCCUGUGGUCAAUAAAACCUAUGCAGCAUCGAUUGUAUCCAACAACACCCACACCUCAUUGCACGACCCUGUCCCACCCCCAUCACCCAUCUUCCUCGGCAAGAAAGAUUCCAUUCAUCAUCCCGCCUCUGAUCAAUGUCUUGAUGUGUUGGGUUACUGCCUCAAACACGAAAUCCGUCUCGAGCAACUAUCCUCCACCAUCGGGGGCGGCGCCGUAGGUCGCUGCGAACGUUGCAAGAUCAUCCAGCGACAACUACGUUGUGUCAUCUGUCUCGAACCGGCCUCGGCCAUCUUCUCUCCUUGUCUCUCCUGCGGUUGCGUGACACAUGAGAAUUGUAUGCUCGAAUACCAUACAGGUGGCAGCACAGAAUGUCCCGGUGGCUGUGAUUGCGAUUGCGGCGAAGACAACUACGGGGAACGCACGAUGGUAGGAUUACUUGAGAGUAGGGAGGUAGUCGACGGUGUCAUCGAGCGAAUGAGAAUGCUCGAGCAUCUGCAACAAGCAGAGGAAGCGAACGCCGCGUUGAUCUACGAGACAGAUAAUGAAGAUGAAGAUGAACAUAACGACGAUGACGAGGAAGAGGAGGAGCCUCUUGAGGAAUGGGGUGGUGAGGAUCGAGGUGAGUGGGAUGAUGGCACGCCUGCUACUCCUACUGUCUCUGCUCCCACUGUUUCCACAACCGUAGUGAGUCUGGGGGAUGCGACGAUCAAGGGACAGCUCGGGGAGACGGCCAAGGGGGUUUGGGGGGUUGGCACGAACUUUGCUGGAACUUCGCUUUGAGUGAGAUGGGGGUUUGUAGAUCUACGUAAGGACGGGGCGUUAUGGGACGAAACAGCUUCAAUUUGUAUAACAACGGUGGAACUGUGUAUGAAGAUGGCCAUGGGUUUCUACGGAUAUUGGGUUUAGGCUUGGUAAAGAAGAGGAAGUGGGCUUGCAUGGAUGGGAUGGGAUGGAAUCGAA